CACAAUAAUCGGUUGCGCCAAGCUUAUUGGAUUAGACAGGAAGGGCAGCACCUAAGGCUUGGCGCCUUCAGAGCUGUUUAAGAUGGCCAGCGAGGAGCCGGCAACCGAGAAAGUCGGCAUCUUUGACCGACUAAACCAUGCGGUUGAGAACAGUGCGGUUGGCCGUUUCUUUAGCCUGAAGGAGCGGAAGACCACUUUCACGACUGAGCUUCGGGCUGGGACUGUCACUUUCCUUACGAUGGCAUACAUCCUGGCGGUUAACGGUUCAAUUGUGGCCGACACGGGCGGCCCCUGCACCGUCGAUGAUUGCGAGUUCAACAAGGGCCAGCCUUUCUGCAUGUUUGGCUCGGGGUCCGGCUUCGACCCUGGCUACCUGGCUUGUCGGGAGCGUGCCAAGCGCUCCAUGGUCACUGCAACCGCUGUGUCCAGUUUCGUGGCGUGUGUGCUGAUGGGGGUCGUGGGCAACCUGCCGUUCGGUCUGGCGCCCGGCAUGGGCAUCAAUGCCUUCUUCACCUACACCGUGGUGGGCUUCUUCGGCUCCGGAGGCAUGAUCUCCUACCGAGAUGCCCUGGCCGCGGCGUUCAUUGAGGGCUGGAUCUUCUUUGCCAUCUCUGUCACGGGUCUGCGUGGCAAGAUCACACGCAUCGUGCCAAAGUGUAUCAUGCUGGCUACCUCUGGCGGCAUCGGCCUCUUCCUGGCGUUCAUCGGCCUCCAGACUGAGAACGGCAUCGGUCUGAUUGCCUUUGAGUCGGCCACGCUGGUGACGCUGGGCGGCUGCCGCAUCCAGGACCGCGCGCCCAUGUACACCAUCCAGGACACCUCGGGCGUGUGUGUGGUGGACGGGCAGGGCAAGCUGCUGUCGGGACCCAACCUGGGGCCGCCCUCACCCAACUAUGCGUGCGCCAACCAGAUGAAGAUGCGCAGCGCCUCUCUGUGGCUCGGCAUCAUGGGCGGCAUCAUGAUGGUGCUGCUCAUGGCUCGCGGCUUCCGGGGCGCCAUCAUGACGGCAAUCCUUUUUGUCACCUUUGUGUCCUGGAUCCCCGACCAUGCGGCCUCGUACCUGGGCAAGUCGAGCCAGAUUGCAGGCGGCGAGGAGCGCUACCACUACUUCAAGAAGGUGGUGCAGCGCCCCGACACCUCGAUCACCGACCUGGAGCUGGAUUUCAACGCCUUUGGCAAGCCCGAGCUGUGGGCCGCCCUCAUCUCGUUCCUCUACCUCGACCUGCUGGACUGCACCGGCACCUUCUUCUCCAUGGCCAACUACAUCAACAAGCGCGUGCCGGGCUUCAUCGACCCGGUCACCAAGUCCUUUCCGCGCAUGACCUGGGCCUUUUGCGUGGACGCCACCUCCAUUUGGAUCGGAGCUCUGCUGGGCAUUCCGCCGCUGACAACCUACAUCGAGUCGGCCACAGGCAUUCGCGAGGGUGGCCGAACCGGCAUCACCGCCAUUAUGAUUGGCUUCUACUUCUUCAUCGCCAUGUUCUUCACCCCCAUCAUCUCGGCCAUCCCGCCCUACGCCACCGGGCCCGCGCUCAUCCUCGUGGGCGCCCUCAUGAUUGAGAACCUGCUUGACAUUGACUGGCGGGAUUACCACCAGGCCAUCCCCGCCUUCAUCACCAUUGCCGUCAUUCCGCUCACCUACUCGAUCGCGUACGGCAUCAUUGCUGGCAUCUGCAGCUACCUGCUGCUGUACCUGCUGCUGCUCGCGUACGACCUCAUUACGGCACCGCUGUACGGCAAGUCGUUCCGCCGGGUCCUGGAUGAAUCCAAGCCCGAGGUCUUCAAGUCCAUUGCGGUGCUGGAGGCGGAGGAGCUGGCCCGCAUCAAGGCCCGAGUGGAGGGGCUGGAGAAGGAUUUGGAGGAUGCGAUGAAGGUGCUGACGCACGCGACCUCCACCUACUCGCUCAACGCCGGGGAGGAGGGCGGCAAGGGCGAGGUGAAGGCUGCGACUGUGGUGUAACAAGUGGGCGAGGUGUAAGGUUUGUGUUGGUGUGUGGGAUGUAAAUCAUGUAAUGCUGGACGGGUGGAGAAAGGCGCGUGUGCUGUGGGUGCUGUGGGGCAACCUGUUGUGGGUGUUGAGUGGCUUUGUGAGGCGACGUGUACCGCAGUCUCUUGGCAUCGGGUGGUUUUGUGGGUAGCUGGUAGGAUUGCCGUUUGUGUGACGUUGGGUUGAUGUGGUUUGGUGGCUGAUACUUUUGGUGUCGAAAACGGGUGAGUGAGCUUGACCGAAAUGUGGGCUAACGAAGAAUAAUGGUUCGUCUCCCUCCGUUAUACCCUGCACGUUAAGAACACGCAGGUUGUGUCAACAGGCAGUAUUACGUGUGCGACCUAAAGUACAAGACUCUAAAGGGAUGGUUGUUGCGUGGCUUGUGCCUGUUGACCGACCUACCGGUAUUAUAUUUUGCACGGCGUUUCCGUACGAUAAUACGGGCUGUACGGGAAGGAUCCAAGAGGCCUUGAAGCCUGGAUAUACGUUGCCGUGCUAGUUCGUUUGUGCUGUUUUGGGCCUUGAUUGCAGCCCUUUUGUGUUGCACGCAAUUCGUAUCGGUGGUCACUGAACAAUGAUUUACAGAACGUCAGAAACUCCUUUCCGGCGCUUUAUUACCUUGUGACCUAAAAUGCAAAGAUUAGGAACCAUAAAUGACUAUGGUAAAUUUUGUACGUGAUCCUUUUGGCUCUACACCUUUUGUUUAAAUGCGUCGGAGUGGGCUUUCCUGUUCUGGCUUUCUACCAAGAAAGUACGGUGGGGUUGUUGUACGGCAUCUUGACAGUAGCUCCCGUUGUGUCUUAUGCCUUCUAAGUGCGGUACGCAAGUCCUCACCCUGGGUCAACCUGUAGGAGUGGCGUGGGGUGCUUCCAUAGGAUGUAUGCGCUUAGUGUUUGUUGUGAGCUUGACACGCGGUUAUGCAGGCAGCCGCCUGAAGUCUUUGCACGCGAGUUGCACCGUUGUGCCGUGUACCAGUGAUUAGCACAGCCAAUCAGCCGUGGCUGAUGCGCCUUUUUGUGAACAUUACCUCUUGAGCGCCUUUAGCCGGAUGUGUUCCGGGCCACGUCGAUCUUACCGUGAUCCUUUGUGCCAUAGCUUGACCUUGUAAACAUGCCCGACGGCCC